CCUCGCUGGCUCCGCUGCGUGCGUGGCUGGCCCGUUGCUUGUUUCUGUUGCCGCGCGUGCGCGGCCGGCGCCCGGCCCGCCGGUUGGCUGCCCCGUAGCGCCGCAGACAUGCGCCCUCCCUCGUCUUUGCCCCGUCGUCUUGUUGGGGUUGUUGUUGGGGGGGAGGGUGCCGCUUCGUGUUUCAUCCCCCUCCCGCCUUUUGGCUGCGGGCGCGCGCCCGCCGCCGGCCGCCCCCUCUACGUCACUCCCCGCUGGGUGGCGUGGCCCCUCCCUCGGGGGCCGCCGGGCGGACCGCGGGGUGUGUGUCCGUGUUGGAACGCCACCGACCCUGCGUCGUCAGCAGCCAUGGAUUUGUGUUUGCUGGCUCGCUCGCGCGCCUUUCGAUAUGUUGGCAGGGACGCACCCCGCGCCCGCUAUCCGAAACCGCAGGCACGCCUGGCGAGCAAGUUUGGUCCUCCGUGUUGGCUUUGCCUUUGCGUAUAUACUACGUACUCAGC